GAUUAUUCGGUGCGCCCGGUCGAAAAGGUUGCUUCGCGGCUCGGACCAGGGAACCAGGGCUUGGUAAUGAUCGAUAGAUCCAACGCUCGUUAGCUCCUUCAUUAACUUAUCGGUGUAUAUAAAUUCGAAUAGAGAUACGAAACGACACGAGUUCGAGGCCGAAUUUCUCGGCACAUUUUCGGGACGAACGUGCCUCAAUCGUGCUCCAAAAUUCGUUGGUCUCAAUACGAUCUCGUUCUUUCUCGACGUCGGUGCUCGCACGAGCUUCCAUUUAUCGUCCCGCAAAGAGCAAUUGUUUAACGAAGCCUUAAAUUUUCGCUAAUCAUGAACAACGACGAUACUCCGAGCUGAGUGGGGCGAGGGUCGAUAGAAAAUCGAAGAGAGGCUCGAGCGACUAUGAGGAGCAAGGAAACCCGGAGCACAUCGGACGCCGAACGAAAAAUGCUUUCGCGGGGAACCUUUACACCUGCCUUCUCACUCGACGUGAAAGAAUCGCUCGAGCAGUAGGAGCUGGCGCGUCAACACCGUUGACGUUCGAUUAUCCGAGCCCCGGAGCCUCGCCGCAGUCGAUUAGGACAUGAGGACCUCGACGCAUGCGGUCCUCGUGAUCCUCGGGACGAUCCUCACCGCCAGCACUCAACAGCCUUUCAUUCUUCGCAGUAAUUACAAAGGACUCAACGGUGUUUUACCCAGUGCACAAAUAUUCGCCUCCGGAUUAAAUCGCGCUGUUUAUUUUCACGAGCAAGCCGUUGCCGUUGUCGAUUUCAAACGGAAUAAUGAAAUUCACAACUGUGAUAUCGUCGAAGGAUACGAGCCUAAGGAGAUUCAAGAAAUUUUGCGAAAUUUGUCGGCAUCGUUGAGACCAACGGAGGUUUCUUUUGACCAAAUGACUAGUUUGAUGUACCGUUGCGAAGAAUUUGACAGGUUGCAACCGAGGCUUUCAGGGCAAAGUGCCACAGCGAAGGGUACAUUUGAAAAAGCGAAUGAGUUCGGAGCGAACGCUCUGAAUUUGCUGUCUGGGAUUUUGCCAGGGACCAAGUGGUGUGGGACUGGUGACGUAGCGCAAGAUUAUCACGAUUUGGGACCGGAAGUAGAAAUCGACAGAUGCUGUCGAACCCACGAUUUAUGCCCUGUCAAAAUUCGGGCUCAUCGCACCCGGUACAAUCUCACGAAUUAUUCAUUAUACAGCAAGUCUCACUGCGCUUGUGACAUUGCUCUUCACCAGUGCCUGAAAAACGUCGCAAGUCCAACAGCAAAACUAAUGGGAACUUUGUACUUCAAUGUCGCUAAGGUUCAGUGCGUCGACGACGUGCCGAGUCGCAUUCAUCAUGGCACAUCUCAGAAAAGGUUCUCGUCAACGGGACUGACGUUUUGAAGUCUGAUGAAGUAAAAACAAUAGUUAAGGCGUAUUGUACAGUGAUGAAAUUAAGGCCGUGAAACUUCAUUGACGUUUCGACGAUUGUUGCAUAGUUUGUAUCGUUUUUUGUAUUUAUACAAAUAAUAAAUAAUUAUACUAAUCGUUUGUAAA